UUUGAUUUUAGGCAGACUUGGAAUCAUGAGCUCUCCAAGCUUUUCAAUGAGCUUUGGGAUGCAGAUGUUAACCACUUUAUGCCUGGAAAAGACUAUACAAUUUCCUUACAGGGAUUGGUCAUUUUCUUAACCUCUGGGGUAAACCGACAUGCCACUCACUCUUUUAUUUCAUUGUUGGAUAUCUAUGAGGCAUCAACUGGUGUAGCAGAGCUGGUGACUCCAGAGGAAACAGCUGAAAAUAAUCGUUUUCUUGAUGCAGUUUUAGAAACUGAAGUGAUGCUAGUGGCUCAUCAGUAUUUAGUUAAAAAGGCAAGAACUAAACUGGAUCUUAAGGAUUUCAAGUCUCAGCUCUAUACUAUUCGGUUUGAACUCUACUCUUAGCAACAAGGAAAAGUACCUGACUCCUGUGGAUUCGAACAUGUGUUUGUAGGGGAAACUAAGCGAGGGCAUGUUAUCUUAGGUCUACAUAAUUGGGUGCAGUUUUACCUUGAAGAAAAACUGAAGCAUAUUGACUACAAAGGCUAUAUGGCCAGAAAAAACAAAUGUUGGCCUGAUGAGGAUGACCAGGUUUUAAGCCUUCAGUUCAGCUGGAAGGGCCUCAUAAAGCCAGUGAGAAGCACUUUCAUUGGUGUCAGCCCUGAGUUUGAAUUUGCCCUUUACACCGUUGUUUUCCUGCAAUCAAAUGAAAAAAUGACACGCCAGAAGGUGAGAAUUGAGGAGUAUGACCUGGAGAUUGUUGUCUACUGCCAUGGAGAGCACAUAGGGACAGCGUAUCCCAUCCUCAUCAGCAGCAACAAUGAAGAUUUGUACUGA